UGGUUCAAACACCUGAUCAGAAAGCCGUGUCCCUCGACGAGGCGCUGCGUUCACUCCUGCCGUGAACAGUCCUCCUCAUCAUGGCCAAGAUUGCCAGGGAAACGUCAGGUCAGGUCAUAAGUUUCUUAGGCCUCGUUUUGGCAGCGGUGACCUGUGGAAUCCCUUUUUGGAGGGUGACCUCCUACAUUGGCGCCAACAUCGUGUCGGGUCAGAUCAUCUGGGACGGACUGUGGAUGAGGUGUGUGAUGCAGAGCACAGGUCAGAUGCAGUGCUCCAUGGCCAACAAUGUGAUGAGCAUGUCGCAGGACCUGCAGGCCGCCCGAGCGCUGGUCAUCAUCUGCCUGGUCAUCGGCCUCAUCGGCUUCUUGAUCUCCUUCGUUGGAGCCAAGUGCACCAGCUGCCUGAAGACAGACCAGGGAAACGCCGUUGCGGUGAUCACAGCGGGCUUCCUCAUCAUCGUAUCCGCAAUCGCGAUCCUGAUCCCAGUCUGCUGGUCUGCAGCCAUCACCAUCUCAGACUAUUCCAGCACAACGAUCCUCGAGACGCAGAAGAGGGAGAUAGGAGCGUCCAUCUACAUCGGCUGGGCGUCUGCUGGAAUUCUUCUGAUCGGAGGGAUCAUCCUGACAACCUCGUGUCCUCCUCGAAGGAAAUUUUAUCCAAAUCACCCUGUGGUGUCCAUGUACCCAUACGCACCGGCAGCAAACGCUGCUCCCGUGUACGCUCCUCCAUCCAGCCGGUUGUACACGUCCUCAGAGUCCUACGUGCCUACCAAACCUUACGCUGCACCGGCCGCAUACUCACCGCGGCAGUUCAUCUGAGAGCGAAGGGACAGACUGAACACAGAGACUAACGUUUCCACCACGGCUUCAGGAACUCGUCUUGGAAAUGAAAAUGUAGCAAAACUUGUACUGUGUUUUUAAAACACGGGAUAAAAUCCUGUAAAUUCUGAUGUAAAGUACCCGAGUUUUGGAGUUUUGCACACGGAUUUUCUUU